AUGCUUUUAAAAGCAAUUAGAGAACAAUUUCGACUAAAUAACAGGCUAUAUCGUUGCCUUCUUUGUGAAUUUGUGGCAACUACUUUUCUUAUUUAUGUCGGCCUAUGUAUUAAUGCACAAAUGUUUUUAUCCAAAGAAGAAAAGUUAUCAGCUUUGGGUAAUUGUAUUGGUUGGGGAUUAACGUUAACUUUGGCAGUACAAUGUGCCUAUCGUUGUAGUGGUGCUCAUUUAAAUCCGGCAGUUUCCCUAUUUUCUUGGUCUUUUGGCACGCUGAAUUCUUUUAAAUAUUUUUGGUUUUAUACAAUUGUCCAAGUGGCUGGGGCUUUUGUUGGGGCCGCUCUUUGUUUUGUUUUAUAUUAUGGUAAGAUUUUAAGAGAAAAAAAAUUAUUUUUAUUUAAAUAUUCUAAAGAUAAAAUUGAAGAAUUUGAUGGAGGAAUUAGGACAGUUAGUGGACCAAAUGCCACAGCUGCUAUUUUUGCUACAUAUCCAGGCAGCCAUUUAAGCACUAUUGGGGCAGUAAUUGAUCAGAUUUUCUCAACAGCAAUGCUGUGUUUUAGUCUAGGAAUUAUUACAGACGAGAGAAAUGAAAUUCCAAUAGCAGCACAACCUCCAUUAAUGGGUGUAAUGCUUGCUAUGCUUUGUAUGGGUUUUGGUCUAAAUUCAGGCAAUGCAAUGAAUCCAGCUAGAGAUCUUGGACCCAGACUUUUUACUUUAAUUGCUGGUUAUGGUUGGGAAGUUUUUAGUUAUAACAAUUACAAAUGGUUCUGGAUACCCAUAUUUUGUCCAUUUGGCGGUGCUCUUUUAGGUUCUUGGUUAUAUCAAAUACUUAUUGGGGCACAACUUGAUAUUUCUUUAAAGAAAAUCUCGAGCCAUUACACAAAUCAGAAGAGAAAAUAUCAAAAUCUUCACUUUUUACUUUAGUUAAUAAUAAGAAAAAUUCUGAAGAGAGGCUAGCGAAAAUAUCAGUAAUUAAUAAUUUAUCUAAACCAGCUACUGUAUUUAGUUGAAAUAAAAUUGUUUUUUUUUAAUUUUUUUAACGAAAGACACUAAAAUAGAAUAGUUGGAAUUUAGGGAUUAAUAAAAUGAACAGAAUUUUUGAUUUUUUCAAAAAAAUAUUUUCCCCCCACCUCUUUACGCAUUGAAUGAAUUUUCUUUUCAAAUCGCCGUUCAUUUGCUUUUUCUCUGUUGAGUUCUCGUUUUUGUUUUGC